UAGAGCUUAUCCUCGUGUCCAUGAGGACUCCUCCCGCACAGGUGCCUAUCAUCAACUAUUCUUCUCCUUUCGUAUUCACUUGUGGCCGAUAUUUCUGAUCUUCUUCUUCCUGUGACCAGUUCAUUUUAAUAGCUAAUUAAUUGGAUCUGGGUACAAAAAGCUCGUAGAUCAAUACCGUCACUGGUUGGCAGGUACUGCUUACUAAUUGUUAACAAGUAUGGGGAAGAUUCACCUUAGCCACAAGGACCAUAAGCUCGAGCUGAAAAGCUAUAAAAGGCCCUACUUCUGCAGUGGAUGCAAGGAGCCCGGGUUUGGAUCUCGGUACAGAUGUGGGCAGUGCGACUAUGAACUUCAUAAACAUUGUAUGUCCCCUCCCGGAAGGACUGUUCAUCAUGACUUCUUCAAGAAUUCAACCUUCACAUUCUUAUUUCAACCUCCAGGGAAUAGGUCCGGUGAAAAGUGUCAGAGAUACUGUAAAGCCUGUGGAAAACUUGUUAAAGGUUUUGUCUUUCACGAUGAAAAAAAUGGAUGGGAUCUGCAUCCUUGCUGCCGUAAAUUGCCCAGGAAGUUAACUGUCGGUGGUGUUGAAUUUGCUCUCUGUGAUAAGGUGUCAUCAACUUGCCUUUUCUGCAACAAGAAAAAGCGUGAACGUACUGUUUCUGGCUUCAGGGGCUGGAGCUAUGUGUCGAAGACCGAGAACCUCCAUUUUCAUGUGAGUUGUCCCACAGAAUGGAAGCUGGAGGUAUGGGGGAAAGGGGCUACUUAUGAUAAUGAGGAUAGUUUGGCUUUGGCGAGAGUGGAGCUGCCUAUUCAACGUUACAAUUGGAAUGGAAGGAGUGGCAACAUUUUUAUCAGAAUGGUGAAGGUAAUCGUCAAAGCCAGUGUGGCAAUUCUCUUAGGUGAUCCAAUCGCAGCUCUUACUGGGAUCUACGACUUGGUCGCAAACUGACGAUGACUUUGACUACUUUUUGAUCAAAGGAAACCACUUCUUCGUUAUUCUUUUAGGUGAUCCAACUGCCUACUUCUUCUUCGAUGUGAAGGCUUGUAACCGUGUGAAUCGUAGACCCGACCCCGAAGUUUGGUAGAACCUAUCGAAGCCACUCUAGUCCAUUAACACCUCUAACCAGUCUUUUAAGGCUACGUGUGUUUUACUGAUGAAGAUUUUAUACACACAAAAUUUCAGUAGACAAUAGAUAUAGAUAUUAUGUAAAACUUGAUAAUAAAAUUAUGUAUAAUUAUUUUGAAUAUAUAAAUAAAUACACACUUUAUAUA